AUGACGGCUUACCUGACCGAUACACCGGACAUUUCCAUUGCAGCGUUAGAGACGCGACAAGCAAAACUAGAGCAAUAUUUUAAUACAUUCGCGGAGGUCCAAUUAGCAUUAGAAGUAGAUGACGAAACGGUUGACCACACUCCAGAACAGGAGCAGUUUGAAACACAAUAUUAUUUAGCCGCGGAACUCUUAAACGAGAAAUUAAAGACCUUACGAGAACCCGUUAGACCCACGUACGCAGCUAGGCAGAAAUUAAAGACCUUACGAGAACCCGUUAGACCCACGUACGCAGCUAGGCAGGUAGAUUCACCGAGCACAACCAUAAAACAGGCAAACCUUUUGUUGCCGAAAAUAGAAUUAAAACCUUUUGACGGCAAUCUAAUCGAGUGGCAUAGUUUCCACGAUACAUUCAAAUCAUUAGUGCAUCAGAACGAAGACCUAAUAGGGGCACAAAUGCAUAUAAAUGCAUUGAAGGCACUAGACCAACCUAUUCAACACUGGGAUACAAUAUUAGUUUAUCACAUCUCGAAAAGACUUGAUAAAAAUACGCGACGCGAGUGGGAAAGGACACUGGAAGAUGAAGAACUUCCUCAUUUAGACCAAUUGCUCACCUUCAUAAAUAAGCGCGCACGCGGAAACGACAUGGAACCAGAAUCGUUAAACAAUUCACGACUCAACAUAUCAGACAAUCGGUCACGAUCGAAAACGUAUAAACAAACAUAUAUCUCCACACAAGGCGAUCAGACAAAGUGCACACUCUGUUUAGGACAAGUCAAAACACACGCGGAAUACUUCGUCACAACAAAAAUAAAAUCCAUGAAUAGUCGGUUCGAAUCACAAAUCAAUUUCAUUGCGCUUCCCGCGAUUAUAGGAUUACUACCUAUCCGACAAGUCAACCGCGAGAACCUCACGAUACCUCCACACAUACAUUUAGCAGAUCCAGAAUUUCACAGACCAAGAGAAAUAGACGCAUUGUUCGGGAAUACACUAUUUUAUGACCUUUUAAGAACUGGCAAUUUUAAAUUAUGCAACACGUCCAUCACACUACAAAACACACUACUAGGAUGGAUAGUCACGGGAGAGAUCAAUCCCAAAGGGGAACCUCUCAAAGAAACGUCAAACCACGUAUGCCAUAUAGCAACUUCAUUGGACAAACAAUUAACGCGAUUUUGGACAAUUGAAGAGAUUUCGGAAAGGCACUUUCUCUCCGCGGAGGAAACAGAAUGCGAGAAUCAUUUCGCAAAACAUACAUCGCGUGACGCACAAGGGAGAUACACAGUAAGGCUGCCAUUUAACACAAAGAAGCAUUUGCUUGGCGAUUCGAAAAACGUUGGUUUGAAAAGAUUUUAUGGCUUAGAGCGUAGAUUGCAACGGGACUCAGAACUUUCGAAACACUACACACAAUUCAUGCGGGAAUAUUUAGAGCUAGGGCACAUGCGUGAGGUAGCUGAUGACCUGGAUACAGGACAUUACCUACCUCACCACGCGGUACGAAAGGAAUCAAGUGCGACCACAAAAAUACAGGUAGUUUUCGACGCUUCGGCAAAGGGCACCACAGGUAUAUCGUUAAACGACGCGUUAUUAACAGGCCCAACGAUACAGGACACAUUAUUUUCUAUUUUACUCAGAUUUCGGUCACACACAUACGUAAUAACCGCGGACAUUGAAAAAAUGUACCGACAGAUAAAGGUACACCACGACGACAGAAAGUUCCAAAAAAUCCUGUGGCGAGAAUCUAUGGACAAACCCAUUAAAACCUUUGAAUUGAACACUGUAACAUAUGGCACCGCUUCCGCACCAUUUCUGGCCGUUCGAUGUUUACGACAAUUAGCAGAAGAUGAGUCGAAAGAUUUGCCAAUAGCCGCAAAAAUAUUCAAAGGAGAUUUUUAUGUGGACGAUUUGCUCACAGGCGCUUCUAGCCUCGAAGCAGCAUUCGAAGCAAGAGAUCAAAUAAUUGCAUUAGCUUCACGGGGAGGUUUCCACUUGCGACAGUGGACCUCUAAUGACACUCGUUUGAUUACUGAUUUACAAGCUAAAAAUCAGCAGGAUACACUGUGUCUAGAUCCAUCGGAAACAAAAAAAACGUUAGGGAUAUUUUGGAAUCCAUUAGACGAUAAAAUCAUUUACAAAAGCGAACCCUUCUCGAGACAAACACAUAUUACCAAGAGAACACUCCUCUCACAAAUUUCACAAUUAUUCGACCCACUUGGGCUACUCGGGCCAAUUAUUAUAAGUGCCAAGAUUAUCAUGCAGCAACUAUGGAAGGCAGCUAUUGGCUGGGAUGACAACGUUCCCCAACCAAUACAACAAUCAUGGUUAAACAUAAAAAACGAAUUGCAUGUGCUAAGCAAUUUUUCGGCUCCACGAGGAAUAAUUACAACACAGAUGAUACAGCUACAGCUCCACGGGUUUUGUGAUGCCAGUGAGAGCGCGUAUGGCGCAUGUAUCUAUAUUAGAUCAACAAAUAAGGAGGGAAAACACGCAGUGCAUUUAUUGUGUGCGAAAUCACGCGUUGCACCGGUAAAGACAGUAUCCCUACCGCGCCUCGAGCUUUGCGCAAGCAGACUUCUUGUCAAUCUGUACAAGGAGGUCAAAGGGUCGCUAACAAACGUAAAUAUCGAUAAGGUCAGAUUUUGGUCGGACUCGACCAUCGCGUUACACUGGAUCAAAACUCCACCACACAUGCUCAAAGCUUUCGUAGCGAACAGGGUUAGCGACAUCCAAACAGAAACCGACUCUCAAGAUUGGUUCCAUGUUUCAACCGUAGACAAUCCCGCAGACUUCAUCUCCAGAGGUCAAUUACCGUCGCAAUUCAUUCAAAAUGGUCUAUGGUUAAACGGCCCGUGCUGGCUAACAAAGGAUAGUGCCUUUUGGCCAGUUAAUAACAUAGAACCUAUACAAGUACCAGAAAAAAAACAGGUCAUUGCCCUACCCACCCAGACAAAUGUCGGAGGAUUACUACAAAAAUAUUCAUGUAUUGAGCAUUUAAGUAAAAUAGUCGCAUACAUACUACGUUUUGCAAAUAACAUAAAAAAGGAUAAUAGUAAAAUCACCGGAACCCUAUCACUGCAGGAAAUUCGUGCCGCGCAUAAUCGAAUUAUACAAGUAACACAAUGUGAAGCAUUUAGCAUUGAAAUACACAAUUUAAAAAGGGGUAAACCGCUCAAUAGAAAAAGUAGGCUACUAAGCUUAAACCCAUUCAUCGACGACAGCGGUAUCCUUAGGGUCGGGGGUAGACUAAAGCACGCGCCGCUCAGGUAUGGUCAAAAACACCCAAUUAUACUACCGCACCGGCACCAAGUAACUGACUUAAUUGUUAGACAAGCGCAUUUACGUCACUGGCAUGCUGGUACACAGGCCACCUGA